AUGGAGGGCGAACGGCACGAUACGAAAAGGCAGGGCGAGGCGGAUGGAGAAAGAAGUGCCGAGAAGGCCAUGGUGGAGGGGAGGGACGGGAGACGAAAGAAGGGCGAGGAGGACGAGCGGCCCGCACAGACCGCGAGCAGACAGCGCCUGCUGGCCAUUUCGAGACAUUCGCCAAGAACGCUAGCUACAUGGGAGGGCUUCGUGAAGGAUGGAUUGAAAAACAUUCGAACAAAGAAGAGGCGACGGGAGGAACCGGCGGAGGAUGCAGAGCUCGCCGCGUACCUGCGGAAGUGCUUCGACUACGGCCGCGCGACAAUGGAGUCAAUCAUGAUUCGAUCAGCGUGCCUCCCUGAAAUCGCCAGGCGGGAGCAGUUCCUUGUCCUCCGGUACGAGGACCUCAUGGCGAUGGACGCGGCCGCGACGCUGCGGCUCCUCUCGCGCUUCACCGGCCUCGACGCCAGCACGAGCCGCUGGUUGCGAACACCGCUAUCUGCGCGAGCCGUGCGCGAGACGGCAGAGGCGAACGCGCACGGCGUCACCUUUGUCACCUUUGCCAACGCGGCGCAGCUCGAUUUUGCUCUCAACUGGCACCAGCACCUCUCCCUCCUCGGCCUCGGCCGGAGCGCGUUGCUCGGCGCAACCGACGAGGCCACGAAUCGCGGCCUCUCGGCGGCCGGCGCGCGCUGCUUCCCUCUGAAGUCGUCCAUCGGAGCCGAUGAGGCCAAGUGGGGCUCGCCGGGCUUCUCGCACAUGGGACGCACAAAGGCGCCCGCGCUUCUCGUCCGCACGUUGCUCGAGCUCAACGCGACGCUGCUCUUCGCCGACGUCGACGUCGUCUUCUUGCGAGACCCCCUCCCGUACCUCGGCCGACAGCUCGCCGCCCACGCGCAGCUGCUCUUCCACACCGACGGCUUUGGCUCCUCGCCAGAGGCCACUGCACUCAACCAGCUGCUGCGGCGCGGCCUGGUCGCGCCGCCCGCCGGCGACGCGCGCAAGCUGAUGGCGGCCUACGGCGGGUCGCUGCAGCUCGGGCUGCUGCCCAACCACCUCUUCCCGUCGGGCCACCUCUUCUUCAUCCAGCGCGCGCUGCACAGGCUCGGCGCGACGCCCGUGGCACCGGACCUGCCUCCAGAGCUGACGUCCCGCUUCGGAGAGUCGAAGCUGCCGCCGCGAAACCUGCGCCUCUCGGACCAGCUCGUGCAGGACCACUUUGCGCUCGUCAACCACCAACUGGCGCAGCUGCGUUCCGCGCUCCGCCUCGCCCUGCUGCUCAACCGCACGCUCGUCCUGCCGCGCUUCGUCUGCGGCCUCGAGACGGUGACCAACUUUGCGCACCGCGGCAUCCGCUGCCUCGGCUCCAACGGCUGCCGCAUGGCGCUGCCGCACUACUGGCGCGGCGUCAUGCCGCAGCUGCCCGCGCUGCAGAUCGGCCGCCGCGACGGGAACUUCCACUCGCGCGACCCCGAGGCGCUCGCCGCGCACUACAGCCCCGACAGCACGCUGCGCGUGCGCGUGCGCGCCUCGACCGCCCGCCCGUGCGACCAUUGCGGCGAGAAGGGGUACGUGGGCGGCGGCGAGAGGCGGAGGGGGACGCCGCUCGCGUCGGUGGGGGGCGACGCCCUCACGCCCGCGUCGCUCGCCGCGACGGCUCGCAGCGUGGAGCUGGGGCCGGGCGAGGCGGUCGACGAGGCGCGGCUGCGGCGGGCGCUCGGGCCGCACUCGGCGACCGCCCGGCUCCUCCACUUCGAGUCGCUCCGGCCGGGCGCCGUCGAGCCGGCGCUGCCGCCGCAGCUGCGGCGCGCGUUUGACGACACGAUCAAGCCGCUCGGCGGCGGCUGGUGUUGCGUCGCCCCGGCGGUGCGCGGCGCGCUCACCCACUUUUGGUACGACUUGCUGUAUGACACCCCGCACGUUGACCGGUUCGGCCGGAAGUGGACGGCGGAGAAGCCGUGGACAGCGACGCCUGGGCCGUGA